UUUAAUCUCAUAAUUCUGAUUCAUCAAUAUUUUCUCCUCUGAUCCUUUUCUUUACCUGGUCCAAUGGGCUGCCAGGGGCCUCCAGGUGAGCCUGGUGUCCAGGCUGACACUCAGCAGACAGCUGUCUAUUUAAUUUUGACUGAUUAACUUUUAUUUGAACAGGAAGUUGUUCCACCUGAGUCUCCGCAGGGGGCUCCACUGAGUCACAGUGACGUCACGAGGAAGCGAGCAGACGGCGGGAGCCGUCAGAGUUUUUAGAAACAAACAGGUGUAAAGAUGGAGACAACUCAGCAGAUCAUCUUGGAAGCCUUGGAGAACUUGAUGUAUGCUGAAUUUAUGGAAUUCAAGUGGUACCUGCAGCAAUAUUUCAUCCUGGAAGACUUGCGACCAAUCCCAGCGAGUCGACUGGAGCAUGCAGACAGGAUGAACACAGUGGAUCUGAUGCUGCAGACCUACGGAGAAAAAAACACCAUUACAGUGACCAGAAGGAUUUUGGUGGAGAUUAAUCGCAUUGAUCUGGUGGUGAACUUAUCAGACAACUUCCCACAGCCAACAGUUGAUGGUGUUCUGCAGCAGGUUUUAGAUGACCAUAAGAUCAGUCUGAUGAGAAGAUGUGAAAAUGUGACUGAAGGAAGUGAUGAAACAGGAAGUGAUGAAACAGGAAGUGGAACCCUCCUCAACAGGAUCUACACUGAGCUCUACAUCACAGAGGGACAGAGUGAAGAGGGUACCCAACAUGAGGUGAGACAGCUAGAGACAGCUUCCAAGAUGGAGACCCUCCAUGACACUCCAAUCAGGUGCUGCGACAUCUUUAAAGCCUCACCUGACCAACAGAGACGCAUCAGAGUGGUUCUGACCAAUGGCGUCGCUGGAGUUGGAAAAACCUUCUCGGUGCUGAAGUUCACUCUGGACUGGGCAGAGGGCUCCGAAAACCAAGAUGUCAGUCUGCUGGUUCUGCUGUCGUUCAGGGAGCUGAACCUGAUCAGAGAUGAGCAGUACAGUCUUCUCAGGCUGCUCCAUGUUUUCCAUCCAACAUUACAGAAGGUGACAGCAGAGAAGCUCGCUGUCUGUAAACUUCUCUUCAUCUUUGACGGCCUGGAUGAAAGCAGACUUUCACUGGAUUUCAACAACCAUGAGGUCGUGUCUGAUGUCACACAGGAGUCAUCAGUCAGCGUGCUGCUGACAAACCUCAUCCAGGGGAAGCUGCUUCCCUCGGCUCUCGUCUGGAUCACUUCCCGACCUGCAGCGGCCAAUCAGAUCCCUCCUUCAUGUGUCGACAGGGUAACAGAAGUACGAGGCUUCACUGACGUCCAGAAGGAGGAGUACUUCAGGAGGAGGUUCAGUGAUGAAGAUCUGUCCAGCAGAAUCAUCUCACACAUCAAGACCUCCAGGAGCCUCCACAUCAUGUGUCUGAUCCCAGUCUUCUGCUGGAUCACUGCUACAGUUCUGGACCACAUGUUGACUACAGACCAGAGAGGAGAGCUGCCCAAGACCCUGACUGACAUGUACUCACACUUCCUGCUGGUUCAGACAAAGAGGAAGAAGCAGAAGUACGAUGAGGGACGUGAGGCGAGUCCACAGGAGCUGACGGAGGCUGACAGGGAAGUUCUUCUGAAGCUGGGGAGGCUGGCGUUUGAACAUCUGGAGACAGGAAACAUCAUGUUCUACCAAGAAGACCUGGAGCGCUGUGGUCUUAAUGUCACAGAGGCCUCGGUGUACUCAGGAGUUUGUACAGAGAUCUUCAGAAGAGAGAGUGUGAUCUUCCAGAAAACAGUCUACUGCUUUGUUCAUCUGAGCGUUCAGGAGUUUCUGGCUGCAGUCUACAUGUUCCACUGUUUCACCAACAGGAACACAAAGGUCCUGGAGGACUUCCUGGGAGGUUGGAGGUAUUACAGUUAUCCAUCCCUGGAUGGCUUCCUGAGGAAAGCCAUUGAGAAAUCCUUUGAAAAUAAAAACCACCACUUGGACCUGUUUGUUCGGUUCCUUCAUGGCCUCUCUCUGAAAUCCAACCAGAGUCUCUUAGGAGUCCUGCUUGGUCAGACAGACAACAGUCCAGAACUCAUCCAGAGAGCCAUCAACAAACUGAAGGAGAUGUACACCAAUGAUGUCUCUCCUCACAGAAGUAUGAACAUCUUGCACUGUCUGAUAGAGCUGAACGACCACUCAGUUCAUCAGGAGAUCCAAGAGUUCCUCAAGUCUGAUAACAGAUCAGAGAGGGAUCUCUCUGAGAUCCACUGCUCAGCUCUGGCCUAUAUGUUGCUAAUGUCAGAGGAGGUUCUGGAUGAGUUGGACCUGGCGAAGUACAACACAUCUAAACAGGGACGAUUGAGACUAAUUCCAGCUGUGGGGAACUGCAGAAAGGCUGUACUUUCUCACUGUGGACUCUCAGAGAAUCACUGUGAAAUUGUGGCCUCAGCUCUUGAGUCCAACCCCUCCCACCUGACAGAGCUCGACCUGAGUGACAACAAUCUGCAGGAUUCGGGAGUGAAGCUGCUGUGUGCUGCACUGGAGAAUCCAAACUGUAGACUGGAGACUCUGAGAUUGAGUGGCUGCUGGUUGUCCAAGAUCAGCUGUGUCUCUCUGGCCUCAGCUCUCAAGUCCAACCCCUCCCAUCUGAGAGAGCUGGACCUAAGUAACAACAAUUUGCAGGAUUCAGGAGUGAAGCUGCUGUGUGAUUGUGAUUUUCUGCAGAGUCCACACUGUAGACUAAAGACUCUGAGAUUAAAGGGCUGCAGUUUGUCAGAGAUCAGCUGUGCUUCUCUGGCCUCAGCUCUGAAAUCCAAUCCCUCACAUCUGAGAGAGAUGCAGCUGAGUGGAAAUGACCUUCAAGAUUCAGGAGUGAAGCUGCUGUGUGAUUCUCUGCGGAGUCCACACUGUAGCUUGGAGACAUUGAGAAUGAGUGGCUGCAGUUUGUCAGAGAUCAGCUGUGCUUCUCUGGCCUCAGCUCUGAAAUCCAAUCCCUCCCAUCUGAGAGUUCUGGACCUGAGUCUUAACUACAAGAUGCAGGAUUCAGGAGUGAAGCUGCUGUGUGAUUUUCUGCAGUGGCCACACUGUAGACUGGAGACUCUAAGAUUGAGUUACUGUAGGUUGUCAGAGAUCAGCUGUGCUUCUCUGGCCUCGGCACUGAAGUCCAACCCCUCCCAUCUGAGAGAGCUGGACCUGUGUGAAAACAACCUGCAGGAAUCAGGAGUGAAGAUGCUGUGUGAUUUUCUGGAGAGUCCGCACAGUAGACUGGAGACUUUAAGUUUUACAGGUGUUGAUAGUUCAACUGUCACAAAGACUAGAGUCCAGAAGAUGAGCAAGUUGGAGGAAGAAGAGCACAAAUCAGAGUCUCCAGGAUCCAGCUGUGACGAGUCCGAAGAAAGAUCUCCAGACUUCAGUGAUGAACCUGGACCCUCAGACUUAAAGGUGGCUGACAUAGAAAACAGAGCUACACCUGACACACAUGAAGGAUAUCCGUCCACAUCAAAGACAGACCUGGUUGUGUCUGAGGACAGUGGAGAGGAGAGUGAGGAUGAAGAGGAUCAGCUGUGUCCUGAUGAUCCACAGAGGUUGAAGCAGCAGCAUCAGCUUGUGUGUCAAGAGCUUCUGAAAACAAAUGAGAAGGUAUGUUUCACACCGGAACAGCUGAUGGAGUCUCGAAAGACUUUAUACAGGUUCAGGUGUCCUGGUCCUGGUGUGUUCCAGUGUGCUUUCACUGGAUUGGUGUUUGUUAUAACUCAAGAGGCAGAGCUGCUGUACAGGACUGUCCAAUGGGAUGAGAGCCUCCUCCAAUCAGCUGGCAAGAUGGCUGCAGGGAUGCUGUUUGAUAUCAGGUCUUCAGAGGAUGCUGCUGUCUGUCAGCUUCACCUGCCACACUGCGAAACAAAGGAUGUGCUGCUCUUUGAGGGCCUGCUGUCUGUUGUCCAUAUGACUAACGAUGGGAUGAGCAUCCUGGAGCCGCUGGAGAUCACAGACACUCAUGUGGUUGUGAAGGUCCCUCACCUCUCUGCCUUUGGUCUGAUCUGGGAUCUCAUGAAAAGGUUUCUGAACAUCUCAGUGCCAAUAGUUGGCCAAGUUCUGCUCUUCCUCCGACCUCCACACAUAGGGCACCCAGUACUCGAUGUAUUUCUGCUGCAGGACAACAUCCCUCUAAAUGAGGUUGCCUCUCAACAAGAUGAUGCUGUGAACAUCAAGAUCUCCUCUGACUGUGAGCUCAGCUAUGGUCAAAGCUACAGUGUCCACUGUGAACCUGAGGGCUUCACAAUCCAGCCUGAGUGUGCACCAUUUCGCUUUAAGCAUGGACCAAAUUUCUUUCCAACGUUUGAAGUUUUCCUGACGACAAACCCGAAGAAAGUGACUCUGACAGUCCGGGACCAAGAGAAGAGAGAAGUCUGGAAACGUGACGUGCCUCUGACAGGUUUAAGAUGGGAAACUCCACAGAGCAAACCAGAGGACAGGGUCCCAGCAGGGGACAGGGUCCCUGCAGAGGACAGGGUCCCUGCAGGGGACAGGGUCCCUGCAGAGGACAGGGUCCCUGCAGAGGACAGGGUCCCUGCAGGGGACAGGGUCCCAGCAGGGGACAGGGUCCCAGCAGAGGACAGGGUCCCAGCAGGGGACAGGGUCCCAGCAGAGGACAGGGUCCCAGCAGAGGAGAAGCUGGACUUGAUUCGCCCAGAGUUUGUAAAAAGAGUGUCUGAACCUGUUCUCAACCAAAUUCUGGAUAAACUUCGUAGACUUAGAAUUAUAAGUGUUGAAGAAAUGCAGAAUUUCAGAAGACAAGACAGAGUCCCAGCAGAGAGAGCACGAGACAUGAUCGACACAGUGCGAGGAAGAGGAAGAGAAGCCAGCUCAGCCCUGAUCGCUGCUCUCCGUGAGGUGGAUCCUUUCCUCUACAGAGAGCUGAACUAAGAUGAAGCUAAACAAGACAGUGUGAUGAUGAAUCUGUCAGCUGGCUGUUUUACUGUCUCACAUGACGUAAUGUAAUCUUUAAAUGACAAGUUUUCUUGUGUUGUUCUUAAUAAGUGGACUUUAUCUCUCACAGCGUCACACUGACGGAUCUGGACUGCACUGAUUACACGAUGAGAAGAAAAACAAUUCAGAGGUCGUGUGAUGCUGUUUUUAAAGAGACGUCAGAUGAAACAGAACUGCUCCAAGUCCAAGUGUUCUCAAAGUGAACUUUAAAGCCAAUGGAAAGAAAGAAUACUCAGAUCUUUGUGGUUCUGUAAUGUAACAGGUUUGUGCUCCACCAGCAGCUGUUGGUGUGUUUUAAUGGGUUCCAUCCACUUUGUUCUCUGAAGGUUUCUUGUUCCCUUCUGAGUAUUUAGAUGGCUGAACAUCCCUCCAUAUGUGACGGGGACGUCCUGCUAUAACAUGCACAACAUGAACAGGUCGCCUCGAUCUCUGUGCAGAACAAACCCACCAACCAGCAUCACUGAACUGUGAAUCAUGGAAACAACCAGAAACCAAGUGAGCUCAACCUGAAGCAGACCAGGGCUCAGCUGAGAGCGACAGAAACACCUGUAGAGGAGUUUAAUGUGGAGCAGACGGCGGGACGAAGGUCACCAGGUCAUGUUGUGCUUCUCUGUUCUGCCACUAGAUGGAGGCAGAACUUCACUGAUGAUGACGAAGAUGCAGCAGCAGCAUCAGGCAGAAACACAACCAGCAGAUAUUCAUACGUUUAGUCUUCAUCAGGUGAAGUUGUUGUUCAGGUGAACACAAGAGUCCAGCAGGAAAUGGACCGAGAGCUGCAGGUGUGCUGAGGAGAAGGCUGACUGGAGGCUUCCUGUUUCUCAUGAUCAAUGAUUCAGUCGAUCAACUGCUGAUUGAUUCACAUCAUUUAUGUGUUGAUUGGCUUUGUGUUUUGCGUUUACACUGAUUAUUUCUCAGUGGCUGAAGAAGCUCUGUGGUGUGACAAGAGCUACAAAAUAGUAAUCAAGCAUUUCAUUCAUUUAUAACUACCUUAAUAAACUGAGUUACAAAGUUUUAAUUGUUAUUUUGAUGGGCAAUAAAUAGAAGAAUUAUAAAAUGUACCUAUUAAAUUAGGGCUGCAGCUGUCGAAUAUUUUUAUAAUGGAGUAUUCUAUCAAUUAUUCUAUCGAUUAAUCGAGUAAUCUAAUAAAAAAAUAUUUUACAUUAUUAAACAACAAUACCAAAUAAUGCAUAACGGAAAUGACAGGCACGUUAAACAGACCAAGCUACAGGUGUAUAUUCCAACUAUUCCUAAGACCAGGAGUAAAGGUGUGUGUUUGUUUAUGUGUGCAUCAUGUGUGAGGGACACAAGAUGAGUG